AAAAUCAAAAUAAACAUUAAUAUAUUCGAGAAAAAUGAAAAACUUUGUAUACUUGAGCCAUGAUAAUUUAUUUUUAAGUACUCUCUAAAUUACCACAAUAUAUUCAUAUUCUUAUGUUUUGUGAACUAGCUCGGUUUUCUUACAGAGUAUCAUGUUCCUUCUGGGUUUUAGUAUUGAUUACCAUCCUGAGAAAUGAUUUCUCUACCUAAUUGUGUUCAUAAAAUUUAUGAUUAAAAGUAUGGAAACGAAUCAUUUUGAAUGGAUUCAAAUAUUCGAUAUCACUGAAGUAAACAAACAUCAAAGAGGCUUUAUUAUAUACAAAGUAAUUUCAUUUUUAUAUCCAGAAAAAUGUCCUGACGCAGUAACAAAGCUCACUGUGUGGAAACGCUAUAAUGACUUCAAAAAAUUAUAUAAAGAAAUAAAGAUUCUACAUGGAAAAUAUAACAUACCUGAGAAAUUGCCGUCUCUCUGUAGAGGAUCGUUUUUGAAAAAAUAUGAUGAACAUUCAAUUACAGAAAAAAAGGAAAGCGCCUUAAACUUCUUAGAAUAUGUAGGCAGUCAUUAUCAAUUAUUCACAUCAAAGGAGUUUCUAAAGUUCUUUGAAACAAGUUACAUGCCUGUGGAGCAUGUGAAUGGUAACAUAAACAGUAUUAAAGCUGAUUUGAAUUUACCAGAUGAUCCAGAAUUUGUAAGGAACACUGAUGAUGAGAUUAAUAGCGAUUCAGACUCGGUUUCCACACGAAGUAGUGUUAAUAUCCUCGAAACCUCAUGUGCUUCUUUAAUUUCAGAUCGGCUGGCAAAAUCUUCAUCACCCACAACGUCUCAUUCUCAGUCUCCUAAAUACUCAAAUAGAUUGCAAAACGGUACCUUUUCCCAAACUUGUGAUGACGAUGAUGGUUACAUGAAACGUGCAGAAAAACUUGAAAGCAAUGGGCAUUACGAAGAGGCAUAUGCAGCUUGCAAAGCUGCUUUAGACAUUUUAAAUGAACGUGAAAAAAAUGAGACUGAUUAUGACGAAAGAAGGAUACUUAAACAUAAAAUUGAAAUUUGCUCCUUGAGAACAGAAAGGGUUUAUAACAUGUAUCUAGCCCCAGAGGUUAAAGAUCUCAGGAUACAAUCAGAGAGCGUAAUCAAGAGAGAUAGUAUUCAAAAACAAGCCAUUUCCGACAUUUAUAGAUAUAAUGUCCUAAGAAAGGUGGAUUCUGGAAUGUUGGUAUUAUAUGCAGAUACCCAGAAAACUUUCUAUGUAAAAGUAAUUAAUAAGACUACAACUUUUUCUGAGGAAGACUUCAUCUUACCUGAAAGUAUACCUUAUAUGGUUCAGUUGCACAAUUUUUACAAUUGUGAAAAUUCAAUAUUCAUCAUAUUAGAAUAUGUAAAUGGUUUGAAACUAUCUGAUUACCUGAAGAAAAUUAGAUUAAAAUUUGAGAAUAACGAGACUUUAGAGAAUUUGUACGACAAAGCAACUGAUAUAGACAUUCCAGAUGAUGAUUCAGAAAGUAGUUUCAGUGAACUUGUGACUAACUACACCAAAAUAAAGAAAAAUGAUGCUGUUGAUGAUGAUUUUGUGCAUAUUUCGAAAAAUGAUUUUUCCCUUAGUUUCUCUGAUAAAUGUGAGGCUGAACUACAAAUACCAACAACUUCUGCAUUCAAAGAACCAGUUUCCAAUAUGUCUAAUAGCAGAAAAAGCUCAUCAAUAUCUACUGUAGAUACAGAAACCGAAUAUAAUGUAGACAUACCACAACAUGAAGUUAUAGUGACAUGGGCUGCACAAUUGAUUUUAGCUCUCGAAAAACUCCACAUGCUGGGAGUUAUAUGCAAAGAUUUACGUUUGCAUAAUUUAUUGAUAAAUGAAAAUGGGGACCUCACUUUAACUUACAUGUGCAAUGCCAAAGAACCACAUGGUAUCUUUGUUAACAAAAGAGACUUGAACUUGGCUCCAGAAGUUCAAGGAAUAGGUCCUGUAGGGGAAGAAGCUGAUUGGUGGAGUUUGGGAGCCAUAUUUUAUGAAAUCUUGGUGGGUAUGAAUCUAAACGAUUUGCAUCCAGAAUUUUUUCAUCGAAGUACUAUUCUGAGGGUCCCAAAAUAUGUAUCACCUGAGGGGAGAUCUCUACUGAGACAGUUACUGGUUUAUGAACCAAAAAAACGUUUAGGAUCAGGAACUCAUGGUGUAGAUAACUUGAAGUCGCAUCCUUUCUUCAAAGGAAUUGACUGGAAUGUUUUACUUGAAAAAAGUAUUAAGUGAUAUUUUUUCUGUGCACCUACUCAUUACUUGAAUAUUUAGUUCUGUUGAUUAUUAUUUUGUUUAUAUUGAGACUGUUGCAGACAUACUUUACCACAUAAAAGAUAUUCGAUUAUAGACAUACAAUUUAUGACCAAAGUAGAUAGUAUUCCAUUAUUAUAUUUAUGUAUGUAUGAAAAAUAUUCACGUCUUACAAAAAGUAUUCAUUUUUCAUGUUCCUACUUAUCCAAUUAAAAUAUUUAUUAUUGACAAA